AACCUAACUGUCAUCAUCACCCUGACACUCUGCAAGAAACGUCAACGUCGAACCAGAGUGGAAUGGUUCAUCCUCAACCUCGCCAUUGCAGAUAUUUUUGUUGCCCUCUACAACAAUCCAAUCGAAAUCGCCUGGGCCGUAACUAUCAGCUGGAAUGCCGGAGACGCUGCCUGCAAGAUCCUCAUGUUUUGUAGAGCAUUUGGAUUCUACCUCUCAUCUUUCAUACUGGUUGCCAUCAGUUUCGACAGAUAUUUCGCAGUGGCCAAGCCCUUGUCGACUGGAACUGCAGACGAAAGGGGUAAAAUAAUGCUAAUCACUGCAUGGACUACUGCUGUUUUUGCAAGCCUCACUCAGGUUUUUUUCUACCUGGCAAAACACCCGAACCUGGAAAACUUCUACCAGUGCGUUGUCACCAACGACUCCUUCCCGAACCACAUUGUGGAAAUGUUCUACCACGCUUUCAACUUCAUCUCCGUCUACUUCCUUCCUCUGGUCGUCAUCAUCGUCUCCUACUCUCUCAUCAUCAUCAUUAUCUCUAAAAGAUCGAGGCAGACUAUUGGUUGCAAUUCCAAUCGUGUAACGCUAAGGAUAUCAGGUCUCAACAGAAUUGAACAGGCUAGGGCCAAGACGCUGAAAAUGACAAUUGUUAUUGUUCUCGCAUUCAUCAUCUGCUGGACGCCAUACUACGUACUGGCUGCAUGGUGCUGGCUAUUUCAAGAUUCCGUGCAGAACUAUGUGAACCAGUGGAUCCAAGAAAUCCUUUUCAUAUUCGCCAUUUCAAAUUCAUGCGCCGAUCCCAUAAUAUAUGGUUUGUUGUAA